AUGAAUACGCUUCCAACUUUACCACCCAUCAGCGCUAUCUCUUGUGAUACAUUUUUACCUCCAUUAUUAACUUCAAGUCAACAAGGAAGCAGUUCUCUUCAAUAUCGAAAUCAAACAAAUAUUGACAGGCAUGAGCACUCACGUUAUAUGAGUGGCGGUGGUAACGGUGGUGGUUUACUUUCUUUGAACACUCAGUCAGCUCCUUCCACACCGUACCCUCAGUCACCUUAUACUCCAUACAUUGCAUCACCUUUACCAGUACAACCUCCAUCUAUUCCACAACAAUCUUAUUAUCAACCUCAACCUCCACAAAGAUCACCACCUACUUCAUAUUAUCCACAACAAAAUUAUUCUUCUACUUAUCCACCUUCAUAUCAACGUCAAUCAACGCCUCCUCCUAGUCAAACUAAUUCUCGUAGGCAACAACAGCAUCAUCAAUCUCAUUAUUCACCUUAUAAUAUUUCUCAAAUAUCUUCACAAAAUACUCAUUCACAUCCUCAAUUUACACAACAAUCACAAUCUUCUUCACAUAUACAACAACAUGCUAUUCCACCUAUACGUCCAUAUCAGAGAAGUCAUACUUCUCAAACUGUUAUAUCUGAACCUUUUGUAACAGUUACACCAGAAUUAAAUAAUAGGCCACCUAGAAGACGUAGAAGACCUCCUUUUUCUUAUUCUUCAUUAAUAGCUCAAGCUAUUUUGGAUUCACCUGAUAGAAGAUUGACUUUACGUGAAGUUUAUCAAUGGAUAAUGGAACGUUACCCACAAUUAUAUAAAGCAGAUGAUACUGGUUGGCAGGUUCCUCGUUCAGAUACAGAAUUAGGUAAUUCUACUUCAUCAUCUGCUGCAAGUAAAGGUAAAGGAGGAUAUUGGACAAUUGAUCCUGAAUAUAUGACAGCUUAUCAUGAUGGUGUAUUCGCAAGGGGUGGUGUACAAAAACGUAGACCUGGAGAAGUUGGUUUACAUCCAGGAAUUAAUAAUUCAGGGAUAGGUGAUGAUGAUAGUGCUGGAAGUGAUACUUCACCAUCUGAUAGUUUAGGUGGUAGAUUAGUUGAUGUAGAUGAUGAUAAUGAGAGUAAUUUUCGUUAUCGUAUGCAUCAUAAUAAUAAUUCUAUGAGUGUUCCUGGUGAUCGAAUACCACAAUUACAAUUAUCAAUACCACCACCUCCAUCUGUAAUAUCACCACCAUCUUCAUCUUCAUUAAUUACUCCUAUGACUCCACCACCAACUGCAUCUUCAUUGAUACCAAACAAACAACAGAAGAAACCUUUUUAUUCUAGUAAAAGACAUUCAUCAGAAUCUAGUUUUAGUAAUGUAGGUUCUUCUCCAUCACAAUCUCCUUCUGGUUUCUCUAAUACUAGUGGAACAUCAUCGGGUAGAUAUGAUGUGUUUCAUUUAACAGAUUUUUCGGAUGUAAAUAACCCAAAUAGAGAUGUUUCUCAUUGUUCACCUAAUAAUAGUAGAGGUGGGGGUUCGGGUUCUGAGUGGAAUGUGAAUGAUUCUUUAUCUGUAAAAAUGGAUAAUAUGGACAUUGAUCAAAAAGAAGAGGCGCGUUCAUAUUAUUAUGGGGGUCAACCUUCACUAAUGAAGCGAGAUGGUGAUUCAUCAUAUCAAUAUGUUAAGCAUGAAGAUGAAGAAUCUAAUUCUUCAAUGAAAAUACGUUUAACUGGGUUAAAUGUUUACUCAAAUAGUGAUUAG